UGUCCACAUACACAGAUCAGCCAUAUCACAUCGCAAGGGGCAACGGGACCCCCACACCCCAAGGCAUUGAUUGCGUCAUGCCUCCAUCUCUCCAUCUACUGGAAGCUGAAAGACGCGAAGCCCGUCACAUCGUCCCGCGGCAGCACCUGACUGCUGACGGCAUACGACAGCAGCCGGCCGCCACUCAUCCCCAGACACCGCGCAACCUCCAUCGUCAGCACGGUGGCGUGCAGCCCGCACAUGCUGCACUGCGUCCUCUGCUGCUGCUCCACCACACGCUGCGCAUCGAAGCUCUUGACAGCGGACAGCACCGGGCCGUCCUGCGAUUGAGUGUACGCCAGCAACUCCGCUGCAGACACAGACCCAUGUUGCCGUUGUGGUCGGCCAGACGGCAGCUCGCCAUAGCCGGCGCCAGCGUGUGUGAAGUCUGUGGUGCCGAUAACGACGACCGUUCGGGGGGUUUGGCGGAUGCAGCUGGCGAUGCGCUGGGCCCACUGUGGGGCUGAGGUGAGGUCCAAGGCGCUGCUGACGAGCAGCGGGGCGAUGUGCAAGUUGUGGGAGCCGCAGACUUCGUGCAGGAACGGCAGCUGGUUCCUGCAGACGGACACAGCCAGAGAGGCAGAUACAACCAGCCCAUCCAUCCAUCCAUCCAUCCACAUUCAGCCACUCACUGACUCACUCUAUGCUGUGUUCUUGGUCAUGGUAGAGCUCUGCAACUGGGAUCCCCUGCUGCGUCAGUCGGCUGAUGAGCCCUGCGUCGGGGUGGAAAGUGCCAAAGGGAAGGAGCCAGGGCUGGGCGCUGAGGCAGAGGGGCGGGGCGGGCCGGUGGCUGGUGCCGAUCAUGAGGGCCGUCUGUGGGCAGACGGCCGUGAGAUGGGCAGCAGAGCUCAGCGCCGCAUAGCCGCACGCCGUGACAGGGCCCGCGUCGCACAGCGCCCCGUGUGGCACCAGCAAUGCGACCGGGAAGUCCGCACCCGGUGCUGCGUUGUCAGGGUCGCUGGCGUGGCGUUGAGAGGGAGGGAUGCUGCCUGGGCCGAAUGUGGGGUGGUUGAAGCAGAAGGAGAUCUCUUCUUGGAGGAGCGUGGGGUCGGCGCUGAAGUACUGGCAGAGCGGGCGGCGCAUCAUAGGACGGAGGCGGGCGAUUGGCGGGAGGGGCAGGGUGUACUCGUCAAACUCGUCGGCAAGGUGGAUUGGAGGAGAGAUCCCAAAAGCAGCACGCAGAGUGUUCAGCUGUGAUGGAGAAGCGCUCCUUCCC